GGAGGAUGAGCGAUAACGAGGGAGGGCUUUUGCAAGGAGAAAGCGAAAGAAGGCAUGGCUCUCCUCCCUAUGACGUGUACAUCGGUCCAGUCCCGGGCUAUUGCCGGCUUCUCGUCCAGUUUCCGCCGAAAGCUCUCCACUUGCUCCCUUUCCACCGACGCGAACGCUCCCCCACCCGCGUUUCCGUCUUUCAACAGCACGCUGCCAGCCUUGUCCCGCAUCUAGUCAGAGAGGAGUGGAAGCGGUGAACAACAGUAAGAGCGCGGAAAGAGGAAGGAGAGGAAAAAAAAGAGAGAAAUAUCCAACGGAAAGUAGAAGAGGAAAAGAGGUCUCCGCCUCGAAGAUGCUGACAGUAGCCGGUGUGUUGGCUGUGGUCGCUGUGUGCUUGAGCGCGGCUCACUCCAAAGUGAAUAAACACAAGCCAUGGAUUGAGACGUCAUACCAUGGGGUCAUCACCGAAAACACUGACGUUGUUCUUCUUGAUCCUCCUUUGGUGGCUCUGGAUAAGGAUGCUCCCAUCCCAUAUGCAGGGGAGAUCUGUGCGUUCAACAUCCACGGGUUGGAGGCUCCGUUCAAGGCAGUAGUGCUGAACGGCACAUCUGGGGAGGGCCAGCUGAGGGCUCGUGGCCCGGUGGACUGCGAAACGCAGAAGGAGUAUACUUUCAUCAUUCAGGCUCAUGACUGCGGCUCAGGCCCAGGGGGCACAGAGGGCAAAAAGUCCCACAAGGCAGUGGUCCAUAUUCAGGUCAACGAUGUCAAUGAAUUUGCGCCAGUGUUCCGGGAGCCCGAGUACCAGGCUGCAGUGACAGAGGGCAAGAUUUAUGACAGCAUCCUACAAGUGGAAGCCAUGGAUCAGGACUGUUCACCUCAAUACAGCCAGAUCUGUAACUACCAGAUUACCACAACUAACACACCCUUUGCUAUUGACCGCAAUGGUAACAUCCGAAACACAGAGAAGCUGAGCUAUGACCGAGAGCAGCAAUAUGAAAUCCAGGUGACGGCCUGGGACUGUGGCCAGAAGAGAGCAUUGCACGUCGUCCCUGUCCGAAUCGACGUCAAACCUGUCUGCAAACCCGGUUGGCAGGGGUGGAAUAAACGAGUCGACUAUGAGCCAGGAACAGGAAGCAAACAGUUGUUUCCCAAAAUGCAUCUGGAGACCUGUGGUGGGCCGCUGUCUUCAGUGAGAACUACAGUGGAGCUGCUGACCAGCCACAUUGGGAAGGGAUGUGACCGAGAGACCUACUCUGAGAAAUCCCUACAGAAAUUAUGUGGGGCCUCAUCAGGCAGCACUGAUCUUCUCCCCGCCCCCUCCUCUGCCACUAACUGGACAGCUUCUCUGAUGACAGACAGUGGGAAAGACAGUGACUUGAUCUUCAGUUUUGAUGGUCACCAGUCAGCUAAAAUCCCAGACUGGGUGGUGCCCCAGAACUUGACGGACCAGUUCACGAUAGCGACCUGGAUGAGGCAUGGGCCCAGUCCGGGUAUAAGAGCUGAAAAGGAGACCCUUCUUUGUAAUUCUGACAAGACAGAGAUGAAUCGCCAUCACUACUCCCUGUAUGUCCACAACUGCCGCCUCGUGUUUCUGCUCAGGAGAGACUUUACUCAGAUGGACACUUUCAGACCUGCCGAGUUCCACUGGAAACUGGAUCAGAUCUGCGACAAGGAGUGGCACUACUAUGUCAUCAACGUGGAGUUUCCAGCGGUGACACUUUACGUGGAUGGAGUGACGUAUGAUCCCUACCUGGUGACAGACGACUGGCCCAUUCACCCGUCCCAAAUUGAUGUACAGCUAACAGUUGGCGCCUGCUGGCAAGGUGGUGAGGUGACCAAGCCAAGGUUUACUCAGUACUUCAGAGGCAGCUUAUCUGGAUUGACGAUCCGACCAGGAAAGAUUGAGAGUCAAAAAGUAAUUUCAUGUCUGCAGGCUUGCAAAGAAGGACUGGACAUCAACUCCCUUGAAAGCCUGGAUAAGAACAUCAAGUUUCACUUUAACCCAGCUCAGUCUAUCCUGGUGAUGGAGGGAGAAGAUUUAGAAAACAUGAACGUUGCAGUGCGGAAGGUCUCUUACAUUAACUCUCGACAGUUUCCUACUCCAGGAGUGCGACAUCUUCGCAUCUCUACUACUGUCCAGUGUUUUGGAGAAGACACUUGUAUUACCAUCCCUGACAUUGAGGCAGUAGUGAUGGUGCUGCAGCCCAGCGAGCCCAUGAUAACCAUCACUGGAUUAGAAAGACAGAAUCGGCCUGCUUCUGACCUCAGAAGAUCGGAAGGUGUGAGGCUCUUCCAACAGCUCCACAUCAUCAGUACGGUCACCAGGGGAGAUUCUGCUGCCCAUAGCACAGACCAAAGACAAGGACUUCUGGAGGAGAUCAUUCACAAUUUGGACUACUGUGACAUCCUGGUGUUGGGUGAAGAGUUGAGGCCUAACCAGGAGUCACUCCAGCUGCAGCGCAGCAGUCUACUUGGAAAGCACCUCGAUGCCACAAAUUCCACAUCUGGGAUGUCGGUGUAUGGUGUGGACUCCAUGGCUAACUAUGAAGAUGUGAUCCGAGAGGUGCGUUACUCCAACUGGCGACCAGCACAUCUAGGAGAGAGAAGGUUCCGGCUCACAUGUUCGGAGCUCAAUGGACGCUACACCAGCAAUGAAUUUAACCUGGAGGUGAGCGUACUCCACAGUUCAGAGGUCGGCGAACACGUCAGUCAGACUGUGGCCCUCCCUCAGCACAUGCAAUUAGUUCAGCAUCCAGCCAUUAUUGACGAAAUAUACCCCGAGCAUGGCUUAGGUGUGCCGAAUGCCGCCACAGUGGUCAUUGUGAUGUGCAUCGCUACCCUGGUGGUGGUGAUAGUGUUGGGCAUCUACCGCAUCCAUCUAACCCACAAGCAAGAGGUCAAGCUGUCUGAGACGACCAAAGAGGGAGGCGAGACUUGGGAUGACUCACCCCUGUCCAUAACCAUUAACCCAAUGGAGAACCUGCAAGAUCCCCAGGCCGACGAGGAUGAGGUGAGCGAGGAAGAGGAUGAAGACGAGGAAGAGGAGGAUGACAUCACUAGCGCAGAAUCAGAUGACAGCGAGGAAGAAGUUGACGUCCAGUUACCCAGGAUGCAGGGAACCAAACGCCUGAAGUGGGAAAAAACAGCAAUAUUUUAUUGAAACUCCCAAUCACAAACAUUUACAUGAUCUCGAUGUCUGUAAUAAAACACGACGUUGAAGGGUGACACACAAACGCAAUCAGGUUGACAUAUACACUUUUUGGCAUUGAAAAAUGAAGUAAGAGCUCCCCCUACUGGAUUUGAUUACACUCACAAAAAUAUGUUUAAAAAAAACAACAAAAUAUAAAAAGCUAAAAACACACAGCAGGUAGAAAUCUAAAUUCAACAAAAUAUUGAGCAGGAAAAUAUAUUUCCUAUUCAUGACAAGAGUGAGUAUCUUUCACAUAUUACUACAGCGGUCACACAAAUGAGUAGCGCUUGAGGAAACACAUUCUGCAAAGAUUUCUGAUACAAAAAAAAUAAAAUAAAAAUGCAAAAUAAGAUAUACAAUUUUCCGAAAUUUGUAUUAUUACUCUAUUUGGGUUUGUAUACAAUGUAUAAUGUAUCCAUCUAUAUCCCGGCCCUUGUGGCAAAGUCAGGUGAUUUUACUGAAAUAGCUUAUUUUAAAAGGAUCUCAAAAAGUGACAAAAUAAGAUAAUGAAAAGAGCACCGCGGUGUCCAGAUGUCAUGUUCAACUCAACAAGGGAUUUGACUUUUGUGUUUUGACGAUAGAGAAUUACCCUUGUACAUUUUUAUAUACUAUCUUGUAAAUAGAGAAUACAGUAAGUGACACCCCCCCCCACCCCCCUGCCCCCUCUGUACCUUGCCAUCAAGCAUACACACUUUACCCACAGACUUUCCUCUCCACUUGUACACAACAAAUGUCAUCUUGCCUCAUCUUUCAUGUCAGCACUUCGGAAUCUUGAUUGUGUAGAAGUAGUCGGUGGCACCGCAGUCCCUUUAUGUCUGUUUCAGCUCAGUAUUGAGUUGAAUUUGUUCGUUUGAGAUGUGUUUGGAUGUGUCACUAUCUUCAUGGAUACGAGAAUGAAUCACUAGGUCCACGAGGCCAGCUGUACAUAUUUUCUCAAAUAAAUAAAUAUAUAAAUGAGCAGCCUUGUGAGUGUCAACGUGUAUCGUCAUGGCACCUGGGCAAUACGAUGGAUGAAAGAUAUACCAACUAUUGGCAGCACAGUGAUGUCAUGUGUGUGUCCUGCACGCCGACAAAAAUCAAAACUCAGCACAUAACACUGUCUUUUGUACAUUCAAAGUACCGUACUGUUACUACAAACAGUGGUGCGAGAUUUGGCGUGUAACACAAAGAUGGAAUCAUACCCGCAAAUAUUUACACAUGAGAUGGCAGGAAACGAGUAGCCGGGGUCACAGAUUUGGCCCGAUACAUCCCAAAAAGAGACAUUCAUGUAUAAAAUAGAAGUAAAAAUAGAGUUAUGCCUACAAAUUGGAUACGUAACGACAAGUAAAACAAGACUAAUGUUUUUUUUUUAAAUUUCUUCUUUCCCAUCUGCCCACUAACCAUGACAAGAAAAAAAACGGAUGAGCAAAUAUUUGAUGAUCGUAAGUAAUACACAUUUUGGCUUUCCAAUUGGUUACUCACUUCCACAUACAGUCUAAUCUGUAUUGACGCAAUGGAUAACGAUAGAUAAAGUUGUGUCUCAUCAACUAGAAAAUAUACACAAACAAGAGGCAAAUUUUAUUGAUUGGCAUGUCGGAUUCCGUGUUCUGCCUGGUCAAUGUUAAGGAUAAGUAUUGAUCGCCCUUUUAAAGUGAGCACAAAGAAAGUUCAAAACAAAUCUGGGAUAAAUAUGACAGUGGCACAUUCGAUACUAUAAAACGUAAAAAGCAGUUUCGCUGGGUGGGUGUUGCAUUUUUCUCCUUUUGCUGCAACCCACCAACACAAGAAGUUGAUAUUGUCCGACAUUGUUAAAAGAAUGCCCCCCUCACCCCCAUCAUGGAGUAUGUGUAUGCUGUCGCACUACUAUAUGUUCAUGUAAAAUAUGUUGUUUAAUGUUUAAAAGUUGACCAUAUCCAUAAGUCUUGCCAGGCCAUCCCUUUCACUUCCUUUACUCAUCUCCUGAAGCCUUUUGGUGGUUUUUCAUCAAGUCCCAAUGUUGACCUGAUGUAUGUUUUAGAAGAGGAGGACAAUGCAGUUAACACGGAAACCUUGUAUAUUGUGUAAUAUGUUGUUCGAAUUAAUGUAGUUAAUUUUCUGGACUCUUUCGUCUGUUUUGCUUUGAAAUGGUCAGUCACAACAGCACUUUCUGUAAAUUGACCAAUAAAACCUUGUUUUGGAAUCUA